GGCGGGGUGCUCACUUCCCCUUUCUCGGCGCUGGAGGGACUUUCCCUGCGGUGGGGGCCUUCGACAGUCAGGGCUAUCCGCUCAGCUCGACUGCGGAGGGCAGUUCCGAAGGGGACCCCAAAGGUGCCCACGCGGGGCUGGGGCUUCCUGGGCGUCGUUGGGAGCGGCCACUACCAGCCCGGGUCCGAGCUGUCAGCCUCGCCGAAGACUGCGCGGAAGGAGCCGGGACACGCUUAGCACGGGCUCCAGCAGUUGCCGGUGUUCAGCUGCUUACUUUCUGCCUGGAUCUCUGGCUCUUCAUUUCUCCGGUCUCCUCAGACCAAAGCCCUCGGGAUAUGCAGCAGCCAUGCCUGUGGACACGCUGAGCCCUGGAGCCCCGGCCGCCCCCGCCCUACCUUGCCGCCUUCGGACCAAGGUCCCUGGCUACCUGCUACGGAGGCCGGCAGACGGUGGAGUUCGGAAACCGAGUGCUGUGGAGCGCCUGGAGGCCGACAAGGCCAAGUACGUCAAGAGCCUGCAUGUGGCCAACACCCGCCAGCAACCUGUGCAGCCCCUGCUGUCCAAACAGCCACUCUUUAGCCCAGAGACUCGCCGCACAGUGCUCACGCCCAGCCGCCGAGCCCUGCCUGGCCCCUGCCGACGGCCCCAGCUGGACCUGGACAUCCUCAGCAGCCUCAUCAACUUGUGUGAUAGUCCCGUGUCCCCUGCCGAGGCCAGCCGUACUCCUGGACGGGCAGAGGGAGCCGGCCAGCCUCCCCCAGCCACCCCUCCACGACCGCCGCCCAGUACCUCUGCGGUCCGCCGAGUGGACGUCCGCCCCCUGCCUGCGUCGCCAGCCCGGCUCUGCCCAUCACCGGGUCCUGCCGCCGCCUCCAGCCCAGCCCGGCCGCCGGGUUUGCAACGCUCUAAGUCGGACUUGAGCGAGCGCUUUUCUAGGGCAGCUGCUGACCUUGAGCGCUUUUUUAACUUCUGCGGCCUGGACCCGGAGGAGGCAAGAGGAUUGGGUGUGGCCCACCUGGCACGGGCCAGCUCAGAUAUCGUGUCCCUGGCAGGGCCCAGUGCUGGGCCGGGCAGCUCUGAAGGGGGCUGCUCCCGCCGCAGCUCGGUUACUGUUGAGGAGCGGGCCCGGGAGCGCGUUCCCUAUGGCGUGUCGGUGGUGGAGCGCAAUGCCCGCGUGAUCAAGUGGCUGUAUGGGUUAAGGCAGGCACGGGAGAGCCCAGCAGCUGAAGGCUAGAUGCCACUGGGGAAUUUGCCACAGGACAGAUCUUACAGAGGCAAGUGGUCCCUGGACCUCUCUUGCAUCCAUUCUCUGGAUGGCCAUGUCAGAGGCUCCACCCUGGUGUGAACUUGGUGUGGAGGCAAAGGCUUAGAGGCUGGACCAGCAUUCUUGGGCAAGGACUGACUCUCCGAGGGUUUUGCUCUUGACUUUGGACACUUGAGAACCCCCUCCCCCCACCCCAAUACAAGGUUUCUGACAGUGUACUCCUGCUUAGUUCCUCUUGUGGGCCUGCAUUUGGGGUGCUUUGCCCUCCCCACUGAGAGUGAGGGGCCAAGGGAUCUCCUCAAUCUUGUCUCCCCAGCGGCUCUGUUUCCUCCUUCCUUCCUUGGCCUCUGUCGUUUGCUGACUUCCUCUUCCUUACCCAGCGGAACUCACCCUGUGGUCGGGGCAGUGGGGAGGGGCCUAGCCACUGCUCUUCCUAGUCCUUGGCAGCUGGCCUAGGUGGGCAGACUAUAGGAGGGACUGGUUAGGAGUCUGCAUUGCUUUGACUUCCCUCCCCUUGGUUAAUAAACACAAAUGCUUGUUUCUCGAGG